GGAAUUCUUAGAUGACAAGACCUCGCUGGUGGCGUCGCAACGUUUGAAGAUUUGUUAUUAUUUUGAAUUGGUAAUUAAUAAUAACUGUACUUUAUGGAUAACCAAAUUCUUGGAACGAAAUUUGAGCUACCCAAAAGUCCUGCGUCCACGCUCAAUGGGGAAUACUAUAAUGAUGAUGAUAGCGAUAGUGAAGUGGAAUUUGUUGGAACUUAUCGCCCACAAGCCAAUACGAUUAAUUAUGCGAAUAGUCAGCAAAUAUUUGAACAUGCCAAUUUAAAUGGCAACUGUUAUAUACCGCACAUAACCUCAAAUGUGGGACAAGCCAAUUUAAAUGAUACCGGUUAUAUACCGCACAUAACCUCAAAUGUGGGACAAAUGCCGUUGUUGCUGGCAACACCGCCACAAUCACCGCACGAGACGCAGACGCAGACACAGGACCUGGACAUGCCCUCACUGAGGACCCUGCUGUCCUACAACUACGCUCCAACUGGAUACAUAAUGCACAUACCCUGCUUCCUGUGCAAGCAACCCUUCAACAACAUUGACAGCUUACGGAAUCAUCUGGGAAUGCAUGCGGCACAGAUAAACCGAAACAGCGGAGUCACUCCGGUGCCACCACCACCACAUUUUCGUCCUUAUAUGGAGCCUAUCAAUAUAAAUGGCACAUAUCCUGCUCCUGUUUCUGUUUCAGUACCUGUUCCACAAUUGCCAACUUAUGUGCCGCCAAUAAUAAAUAUGAAUAGCACAUAUCCUGCUCCUGUUCCCGUUCCUGCUCCUGAUCCUGUGUCAGUUCCACAAUUCCCAGUUUAUGUGCCGCCUAUAAUAAAUAUGAAUAGCACAUAUCCUGAUCCCGUUCGUGCUCCUGCUCCCCUUAAUGCUCCUGUUCCUGCUCCUGGAGCAACUUCAACUAUACAGGACCACAAAGUGUCAACGGAAUCAACAAAAUUCACGUGUGAACUUUGUGGCAAGGUGCUGAGAACAGAAGUGUGCCGGAUUAUACAUCAAAGGAUGCACAACAUGUCGCCGGAGCUAAGGAAGAAGUGCACCACAAAGGUAUUCAGGUGUCCUUAUUGCAAGAGAAGCUACCGACUUGAAUACAAUCUGAUGAAGCACAUGCUGGUCAGACAUGGACCACAUCCAACACCUCCCACAGUUGCAGCCACGCCCACAUCCCAGCCAGAACUGCCAACGCAGCCAACGCCACCAUCAUCAGCCGAUGGUGAAAUAAAUACACCCAUUAAUAAAGUCUGGAGCAGCAAAUUUCAGAAACCGCUCCCAUCAUUAGCCGAUGGUGACAUUAAGAAACCUACUAGUAAAAGGAAAGUUUGGAGCACCAAAUUGCUGAAUGCCGUUGCAGCUGCCAAUUACAAUCCCGCCAAUGAAGCCGCCUCCAAAUACAAGUCACCCACUGAGGAAGUGCAUCAAUCAUCGGUGAAUCCUUUGAUGUUGUCGAAACCAAAGCAAAAAUAUGCGCUACGUUCUCCCUUCUGCAAUCCAAAUCUCUGGGUGGACUACGAUAAUCACAUUCCAUAAGCUAUGGGAUUCAAAACAGGCUGAAUUGUUAUAUAUGAUAUAUAUAUUAUAUAUAUAUAUAACAUGUGUUCUAUUCAUAUAAGUUAUUAUAAUCAAAUACUGCACAGAUUUUCAUUUCUUAUCGCAUUACAAAAGCGACCGGACAUAGCAUUUAAAUCUGUUAUCAAAACCGUUUAAUUGAGCUCAAUAGUUUUGAAAAAAAAAAAAAAAUAUCUUUAGUAUUGUACGUAUUAAAUAUGUACUUAUAUGUAUAAUAUAUAACUAUGAAAACGUCGUGAGAAGAACAUUAAAGUUUCCGAAGCAUCGAGACGAAACCAGAACCCGAAGCAAGUCGUUGAUUUUCAUACAUAUACACAAAACAAAUUUUGCUGAUAACUAAAAUUUAUUGUGCAGCUGUAUAUGUAUAUGUAUAAGGUUUCGUAACUCGAUCCAUCCACUUGAGACUUUUUUCAUCGUCCGCGACACUCGAAGUAAUAAACAAAUCGCUGGAUGGCCGUUUUUUUUUCUCUUGUGUUCGUUAUUGCUCAAAAAUUCGAUCGUCAGCAAAAAGAUUCAUAUAUGUAUGUAUAAAGCAUAUACUGAAUUCAGUUGGGACUAACGAUCAAUGUGGAAAACAACUUUGCUGUCGUUCAAAUAUUUUUUAUUUUUGGUUGGAACCAUUUGUAAGUAUAUUGAAAUCAAUAAUUGUUAUUUAGCUAAGAAACAAUUGUUACUUAUUUUAUGUAUCAAAUAAAUGCAAUAUUAUAA